AUGAGUAGAAUUGAUGUAUUAAAAAUUGAUCUUUUAAAUACAACACCUCAUGAAAUUACUCCUGUAGAUGUUUCUGUGACAACUGAAAAACCAUGGAUUGACUGUUAUAAUGAAACCAAGAAAAAAUAUAAAAAAGCUAUUAUAAAUAAUAAAAAAUGCCAAAUUUUAGGCUAUGCCUACUAUUUAGCAAUUUUGAUACAAAAUAGAGAAGAAGCUGCAAAA